CGAGGGGCAGAAAACAUCUGAAAGCGUAAAACGCAGAGCAGAAAGACGGCAGACGUGGAGCUGGAAUCAUGUCUCUGACGGGGAGGGUGGCUCUGGUGACGGGGGGGGCUCAGGGCAUCGGGAGAGCCGUGGUCCAGUCCCUCCUGCAGAGCUCGGCCAAGGUGGCCGUGGUGGACCUGAACAAGACCUGCGGGGACGCGUGCAAGGCGCAGCUGGACGCCGAGUUCGGAGACGGCCACUGCGUCUUCAUCCAGUGUGACGUCACCGACGGAGACGCCCUCACAGACGCCUUCCAGGCCACCGUGGACCAGUUUGGACGUCUGGACAUCGUCAUCAACAACGCUGGCAUUAACAACGAGAAGAACUGGGAGAAGACCAUCCAAGUCAACCUGACCUCGCUGAUUAAAGGAACCUAUUUGGCGUUGGAGCACAUGAGUAAAGAGAACGGCAAGGAAGGAGGGACCAUAAUCAACGUGUCCUCCAUGGCAGCCUUCCUGCACUCUCCGCACCAGCCGGUCUACACCGCCACCAAACACGGCGUCAUCGGCUUCUCCAGAGCGAUGGCGGACGCGUCCGCUCAGGGCGACUACGCCGUCCGAAUCAACGUCCUGUGUCCGGCGUUCGUGGACACGCCGCUGCUGCACACGGUGGAGGACGAGGACAACAUGGGCAAGUUCGUCAAGUUCAAGGACGACUUCAAAGUCAGGAUGAGGAAGUUUGGAGUUUUACAGCCGUCGCUGAUCGCCGAGGGGAUGAUGAGGCUGAUCACGGACACCAGCCUGAACGGAGCCGUCAUGAAGAUCACCUGCUCCAAGGGGAUCCACUUCCACACGUACGAGCCCAUGUCCGCCUGAGCGCCCGACGGGCCGCCGGAGGAACGCCGCCGCAGACGGGCUGCAGACGACUGGCUGCUCGCCAGAGCUGCGACUCGGAGAUGAUUGAUGUGCUUUAAUAUGAAAAUCCAGAGUUUCACUGUCAACAGAGAAUUGUUCCAACCUGGAGUCGCUGCAGCUUUGUGGUCGCUGUAGAAACGGGUUUACGAGCCACGUUAAACCAGGUCUGUGUGCGCAUCCCGGUUUAAUCCACGCGUCGCGUGUUCUACAGGGAACUCUGUCCGCAGAGAAUAUUUAAUUUAUCCACAAAGAGAAACGCUUUUGAUGCAGUAUUAAUUACUAGCUGGAAAUACAUGAAUAAUAUAAAAUAAAAACAGAUGUCUACAAAGAUCGACGUGGAUGUUUGGGGUGUGGGGUUGGUUGCCUAGUAACAGCUGAUGUGAUGACAUCCCGCAGCAUCAGCAGCUUCAGGUGACUGAGUCAAGACAUGAGCAGAAACUCCUCCGUCUGCUGGACCUUCUGGACCUGCAGGUCCUGACUUUACAGCGUUAGUGUGUUCGUUUUACAUGACACAAAAACCUUUAAUAAAUUACAAAUAUGACAUGUUUAUCCUGAUUGAUGGUUCAGAAGUUCAGAAGCAGCCAGUUGAAACCGGAAUUACCUCCAAUUCACAAAAUAAACAAAUUAAUUAAAAUAAAUAA